CGUAAAACGUAGAGACAUACUUUCGAUGAUGAAAGUCUAUAAGAUAACCUCACCAUAAAAUAUGUGACAGAAAAUGUGAUAUGUCAUACAUAAACACCACAAAAAUGAAUGAAUUACAUCAGAACAUCCUUAAAAAUCUACGAGAAAGCAUAGUUGCUGAUAUGGAUGUAUUUAAUGGUAUUAUAGAACCAUUAAAGUCAAGUUCCAUAUUAAAAGACGAUCAUAUAGAGCAGAUUCGUGUUGGGCAUUCCAAACAAGAGAAGGCUAAGAUUUUAUUGGAUAUACUUCCAAGUAGAGGUCCAUUUGCAUUUGAUAAUUUUCGUGAAGCUCUACGGCACCACUACAAAUGGCUCAGCGAGGAAAUGGAUAGACUGGAAAAAAGGGUAAAGACUGUAGAUGAUCCGCAACAUGUUCAUCCACCCAUUCUUCCUGCAAUUUCACCAUUGACUGUGAGUAGAGAACAAAAGAUACUAGAUCUAAAAUACUGUUUGGAACAGUUACAACGAAAUGAAUAUGUUGUACUUCAUGGAAUGAAGGGGUUUGGGAAAUCUUGUUUAACAGCUUGCACAUUGAAAGACAAAGAAUUCGUAAAAAAUUCGUUUCACAGUGAAAUAUAUUGGAUAAAAUUCGGAUACGAACGUCCAAUUGAUGAAGAAAUCCUAAUUCAAUUGAAUAAACUUUACUGCCUUGUUAAGAAUUUAGAAAUGUUACCGGGGUUAUUUAAACCAGAGCCCCUAACAGAUUCAUUAAUUCAUUUCUUGAAGCAUCAUUUUAAUAAAAAAAAACAUCGUCAUGCUUUGUUAAUUUUAGACGAUGUUUACAAUAGCAAAAUAAUCGACGCAUUUGAUUUUGAAUGCAAAACAUUGGUUAUCACUGCCAACCUUGAUGUUAUAUGGGAAAAAAAAAUUACCGUGUUCGAGUUGUUAGACGGGUUCACUGAAACAGAAACUUUGAGUCUUUUUGCUAAAGUAUUGGAUACAAAAGUGGAAAUACUACCUUCUGAAGCAAAACACAUUCACGAUGAAUGUAAAGGCAUGCCUUUAUUAAUAGCUAUGUUUGCCACCCAAUUUGAAGAAUUUAAACAUGACAUGAAAUUACGUCCAGAUAGAUGGAGAUAUUAUUUAAAUUCGUUAAGAAAUAAAGACAAAAAAAAUCGUGUCAUUAAACUAUUCCUGGAAAAACAAGAAGCAAUUUUUAAUAUGUGUAUAGAGCAACUAUCUAUCGAAAUGAGAAAACGUUAUGAAGAAUUAGUUAUUUUUAGAGAAGAUAUCAAUAUAACACCACAGACAUUGGAGGUUCUUUGGGGGAGAAGUACAUUUGAAGUCGAAGAAAUAAUGCUAGAUUUAUGCCAUAAAUCUCUUGCAGCCAAACAAUGGAACAAUAAAUUGCAUCAUUACAUAUAUGGCGUUCAUGAUUUAUUACUUUAUCAUCUUCAGAAAAGGUUUUCAGAAGUUGAAUUAGUAAAAAUGCACAAAUCAUUAAUUGAAAAAUAUCGUAAACGCUGCAAUGGCGAUUUCUCGAAACUUCCAAGUGAUACUUAUAGUUACUCAUACAUUGGAUAUCACUUGGAACAGGCACAAUUAUAUGAUGAAUUGUCUAAUAUAUACUUAAAUUUUGAUUUCAUUCAAGCAACAAUAAUUCACAGUGGUUUAAGUAAUUUGUUAGUCGAUCUGUACAAUUACAGAGAACAUAUUACAAGGGAUUAUGAUCCAAUGUUUGUAACACAAUUUAAUGAUUUGCAAAGAUUUUUAGACGAGCAAACAAGCAUUAUAGUAAAACAUAAAUACAAAAACUGCUUGGAUAUAGUACAGAUUGCUAUGAAUCAUCCUUAUGAGGGUUAUAUCAGAGACACUGCCAUUAAACUUGCAAGAGAAAGAUCUAAAAAUUUGUAUUUGUUUCAUGACAAAAAAUUAGGAGAAUUGAAUAGACCAUGGAGCGAAGAAAUAUCAACAGAAAUUCGUACAUCAUGCUUUGUCCAUGAUCCAGAUUUAAUUCUAAUUGGAAAUGGAGCAGGCGAAAUAUUUUUGUGGGAUAGUAUUUAUAAAACACACAAAGUUUUCAGUGGACAUAAUAAAAAUUGUGGCAUUAGGAAGAUUGUUAUAUCAACAGAAGGCGACUGUUUUCUGUCGUUGGACGAUCUCGGAAUAGUAAAACUUUUUGAACUCUCCCAUGAUGAUAGUUAUGAUCAAAAUCGUGUUCUAUUAAGACCAAGAGAAAAACAAUCAUUUUGGAAUGGAAUAUUUGCUAGCAAGAUACCCCAUGAUGAUAGCUCGAUAGCAUUUUCUGUUGAUGGGGAAAUUAUACAAGACAUGACGUUUGCACAUGAUGGUAAAUAUAUUGCAGUUUGUACAAACAGAGGGACAAUAAAAAUUUGGAAUCGAUAUGGAGUAAUAUUGUCAGAGCACAGCCAUAAUCCACAGAACAGCAGUUGUCUUAAAAGUGUGGUGUUCUCUAUGGAAAGCAAUUUACUUCACGUGAUGGAUGAGACACAUGGUGUUUUAAUAUCAUACUGUAGAUAUGGUGCAGAGUACAAAUAUCUAUCACAGUACAAUCCGAACUUGCAAACGAAAAAAAUUAUCUUUUUUUGCAACGUUCCAAAACAGAAUAAUUCCUUAUGCAUCGUUACCGAAGAUAAAGCUGUAUAUAUAAAAUGGUUCAGGACAAACAAUGACCAUAUGCACACUUAUGAUAAACAAAUAAGAGCAACUAUUCAAAAUAGAAAGAUCGUUUACGUCUGCGCUACGUUAACGUACGAUGGCCAAUUCUUAGUUUUGGCUGAUUCCAGUGGUUUUAUAAAUAUAUGGAAUGCAAAUGCUGGAACACAACUAAUAGCCACUUACAAAUGUCGUAUUUCUUCUUUGGAUACAUAUUGGUUAAAAGAAAAAGGAUUUCAUAUUAUUUGCGGUUGUGAAAAUCGAUUGCUUCAUAAAUGGAAAUUUCCAGUAGAAGGAAUUUCUAAAUCGAUAAGAAAACCUUUAUUUGAUGCAGCAGUUCAACAGUUCGGUCAACCGGACGUUAUUAUUACAGAAACUCCUUCAAAUACUAUUGUUGCAUUAGUCGGCGAUGAAAUAAUAGCAGAAACUAAACCAAUCAAUGGAAAAAUAUGCAACUUGAUCCUUUCAUCGGAUAGAAAGAAAGUAGUUUUUGUUACAAAUAAAGGUACUAUCUCUUUGUUUGAUAUAGAGAAGAACGAAGUUAUGCAUAUACUGAAUGUUUUACAAAACAUAGAAUUAAUAAAGAUCUUAAACGUACAAAACAAUAGUAUAAUUGUUUGCAGAGAGACAGAUGAUAAUUUAAGGGUCUGGCAAAGCACAAAACUAACAUACUUAGUUGAAAAUGCCGGAUAUGUUAUUUCAAUUCACGAGAUAAGUGAAAAACAUCUACUGACAAUUACACGAAACGGUAUUAUAACACUUUGGAGCAUCAAUGGUACUAAUUGGUUACGAACCGACAGAGUAUCUAUUGGUAGCUCGGAUAUUCUCACUACUUUCAGUUGUUUAAGUUAUUGGAAAAUUAUUCUAGCAGUGUUAAACGAACCUGGAGAUGUCAUUUUAUAUAAGCUACAAGAAGAUACGAUAACAUCACCAGCUUGUAUAAAAAUUACUGAAUAUUUUAGAAAAAGAUAUAUACAUAAGCUGACAUAUUGUGACAUUUCGCAGGAAGAACAAUAUUUAGCUGUUGGCUUUGAAAAUGGAGAUAUUUCUAUUAUUGAUAUAUCAAUACGUGAAGAAAUAGACAAAUUAUAUUUUCAUACAACAUCUGUUACUCAAUUGUAUUGGGCACCGUCUGUAAUUGGCGUCCCAGUUUUGCUCUCUGUAAAUUCUGAUGAGAUAGUGUGGUGGAAUAUUGCACCGGCUAUACGCGCCCAUAAAGAGAACAAGAGAAGAAGAGACAAAAUUAAUCGCAGUGUCAGUUCUCCUUCAGUUUGUCAAAGUGCAAAUGCCAGUUUACAUAUGUCCAGCAGUUACAGUGUAGACGCAAAAAUAUACAACGCGGAAGAUCAAUUGGAAGGUAAUACCACUGUGAACGGUGUACAUAAUCAUCAAAGUAAGUACUGGAAAUUUAUCGAAGGCAAAGACCCGAAACAGCAAGCGUUAUUGGCUGUUGUCGAAUUACCUUCGAAUUUUUUUGCUAAAGUAUGCAUAUCUACCGAUUUUACAAAGUUUGUUACGGUCGACAUUUAUGGUUCUAUUAGUACAUUCACGUUAUGUGGAUUUAAUUAACCAUGACUGCUAUAAUUGAAUUUUAAAUUUUGUUAUUGUAAAGGUGCAAUAACUGUAAACAUUAUCGCGAGCAAGAAGUUCUUUUUUAUAAAAGUUUUUACUUAUAUUUAAGCAAAACUGUCGAGUUGAGAUUUGUGAAUGGUACAUGUAACUAUUAUUACAUCGAACUGAAACAUAGAUAGGAAAGUACAAUGUAGAUAUUCGCGGAUGAUACCGAGUAAGCAGAUGAUUUAUGCCGAUUAGAUUACAGGAUAAGUGAAUUUGCAUACCACUUAUACCGCCAGUAAUUCUAUCUCCACUGCCACUUGCAUUUACCAGAAAAUAAAUGGAUCUCGUAUUUUUACACAUCUUUACAUGUGUAUACAAUAAUCAUAGUUACAUUUUUGACUGCUUUUUUUAUACCGUAUUUUAGAAACUGUAAAAUUUUCUCAAAGAUUUUGCAAACUAUUGA